AUAGUGCUGAUACCGUAAAAUCAUUGUUUAGGAAAGGCUGCUAUCCACAUGUUUACGAAAGAUAAAUACUUUUAAUCAGUGGAUUCAGCUCUGCCCUAAAAGGACUGGAAUCAGGAUAGAUGCGCAUGCAGCACACGUUGUGGCCGAGGCGGUGGGUUAACACGGGAGAUGCUGCACGUUUUUGUGGCGACAGCCGUGCCAAGGGUGGGCGGCGGGAGGUCCCGGGAGUCCCCCACCACUAACACAAACAGUGAAGAGUUUCUCUUUCCACUACAACCUCCGACAGACAGUCGCCUGCUCCUCCGACUACUGUGAGCGUGUCUUCUCUGUGCUUACGUCUCCCUGGGUUGAGCCGUUCAGCGAAACAAAGAAGUGUUGUAGUCGCGGCCAACCCGUGUCCACGCCAUUACACACACAGCCGAGGCAAGCCAAGUGCCGGGCAGCAGCAGUAGUGCCGUGAUGCCCCAGCACGGGGUAGAAGGCGGCGAGAUGUUAGGCCAAGAGGUGGUGGAGGAGCCCUUCGAGUGGCGGAAGGAUCACGAGCACGAUGACCGCCACUGCCGCUGCUACAAGGACGAUCACCACAAGGAGGAGAACAUAGAAGCUCCCUGCCUCCUGAAGGACACUUACUACAGCCGCGUCACAAAUGAGUACACGUACCAGCGGCAGGUUAAGGCAGCCAGCAGACCCGUCAAGAAGCCCUUCCGAAUACUGCGUCAGGAGGCCUUAGCGAGCGGCAAACUUUACAGUGAUCCGGAGUUUCUACCCAAUAACUUCUCCAUUAACUUCAACGGCGUCACACGAAGGAGCUACGAGUGGAAGAGGCCCCUCGAGCUGUUCCAGAACCCACAAUUCUUCAUCGAUGGAGCUACCAGGUUCGACAUCCAGCAGGGAGAACUGGGUGACUGCUGGCUCCUGGCGGCCGUGGCUAACCUGACGCAGCACCCUCACCUGUUCCACGUGGUAGUGCCCCGCGACCAGGGCUUCACUCACCAGUACGCGGGUAUCUUCCAUUUCAAGUUCUGGCAGUACGGGCGGUGGCAGGAGGUGGUGAUUGACGACCUGCUGCCCACCUACCACGGCCACCUGGUCUUCAUGCACUCCCGCAACAAGAAUGAGUUCUGGUGCGCCCUAUUGGAGAAGGCCUACGCCAAGCUGUACGGGGGCUACGAGGCGCUGCGAGGCGGCAACAUCAACGAGAGCAUGGUGGACCUGACGGGCGGCGUGGUGGAGCUCAUUGACCUUCGCUCCCCGCCGCGCAACCUCUUCGCCAGGCUGUUAAAGGCGUCCCGCAGGGGGGCGCUCAUCGGCUGUGCUAUCGAGCCUGACCACCCCGGCAUCCGCCCUGAGAGCAUCUUGUCCAACGGCCUCAUCGUGCGUCACGCCUACUCUAUCACCAGAAUCACCGUCAUCUCGCUCGCCACAGCCCCGAGACUCAAGGAGGAGAAAAGCAUUACGCCCCUCAUGCACAGGCCGCGUCUCCACGGUGCCCUCAGGUCCAUGAUAAAGCACCUGGGAAGCGUAGCCUCUGCGUCGGGCAUUACCACACGCCACAAGGAGUCCUCUCAUCUGCCCCACAUCCUCGCUCCCUUAACCAACUGGAACCUUUCCCUGGCUUUCCCCGAGGGCCAGGCGCACCUCCUGAGGCUGCACAACCCCUGGGGCAACGAGACUGAGUGGACGGGUUCGUGGAGCGACAAGUCCCCCGAGUGGACAGCGGUUCCUGCCAGCGAGAGGGAGAAGCUUGGCCUCACCUUUAACGAUGACGGAGAAUUUUGGAUGAGUUUUCAGGAUUUCAUGAAGAACUUCAGCGUGGUGGAGAUCUGUGACGUGACCCCUGAUUUCUUCAGCGAGGACGACAACACCAACGGCAAUGAGGUGCCCGAGGACAUCCUGCGGGGUUGGAAGUCUGUCAUGUACGAGGGGGCCUGGGUCGCCAACCACACGGCAGGCGGCUGUAGGAAUUUCAUCAACACCUUCGCCAGGAAUCCCCAGUACACGGUGGAGCUGAAGGACCCUGACGAGGAGGACGACGAUGACCUGUGCACCAUCAUCAUCUCUCUCAUGCAGAAGAACGUGCGCCAGAUGAAGCGUUACGGCAAGGACUACGUGCCAAUCGGCUUCACUUUGUACAAGUUGGACGCCCCCGCGCCGCUGGGGCCUGCCGUUGACGGGCCCCCGCCGCCCGGGUGGUGUGGGUGGCUGUGUUCACUGUGUUGUGGAGGUCCCGCCCCGCCCCUGCCGCCUGGACGCCAGCCCUCGACCAAGCUGGACACAGACUUCUUCAGGUACAACGCAAGCUGCGCCAAGGUGCCCUUCUUCCUCAACACGCGGGAGGUCACCGCAAGGUUCCGCCUCUCCGCAGGAUUCUACACCAUCGUGCCCUCCACCUUCGAGCCAGAGAUGACCGGGGAGUUCCUGCUCAGGGUGUUCACCGAAGUCAGGCAGUAGCUUGUCUGGCACCCCGUGGUUGCGGCGCCGCCUGCCUCACCUCCUCCCGUUCAGCCCACCUGGAGGCUCUCACACACAUACACAUACACACGGGGAGUUCCCUCGUGUGAGUUUCAUCCUCAUCAGUAUUGUUUCAUAAAAAUGACAUUGUUUCAGGACUUUUAAUCACGCAUUGCUGCCCCCAGCCGUCACACGUGCCAAACGCACCGCGCCUCGCUGGGCUGCGGCCCUCACACGGUCUGUUCCCGUCCUCUCACCCAUCUCAGGUGAAGCAGAGACGUGUAUUCCGAGUGAUAUUUUAGUGAUAAUGAUUUUCGUCAGUGGUUGUUUUGUUGAGUGAAAUACAAAAGUCUCCGUGUUCAAAGUAUGAUGGUUUUUUUAUUGAGCAAUAAAUAUAACUAAUUACUAUGAAA